GUUGUGGAUAAUCUGACGUGGCAGCAUUUACGCCAUUGAAGAAUAAACCGGAGAGAAGCACAGUACCAACUCAAAGCAGUAUAAAAUAACCUGAAAAGGCAUCACCAAAUAACCGUGAAAAAAUGGCUGCUCUUGACCUCUUCAAGCUCUCUUUCCUCAUCAGCGCCCUUUUCUCCGGUUCCGACCCGGCUGGAUCCCCGCCAGGAAACAACGCCGCCGGCGUCCGGGUUUUCCCUCCGACGUGCAGCCGCAUCGAGUGCCCGAGCUACGACAUCGUUCACGCCGGCGACGGGUUCGAAAUCCGGCGGUACGAUUCCAGCAUGUGGGUUUCCACACAGCCCAUUGAAGACGUUUCCUUGGUCAACGCCGGAAGUAUUGGCUUCCUGCAGCUAUUCGCCUACAUCCAGGGCAAAAACGAGAACAACGAGAAAAUCGAGAUGACUGCUCCCGUUCUCACUGAGGUCAAACCGAGCAACGGGCCCUUCUGUGCCUCGUCUUUCGUCAUAAGCUUUUACGUCCCGAAACAGAACCAAGCCACGGCCCCAUCAGCAGAAGGCCUCAGUCUCCGAAAAUGGGGGCCUAUUUACGUGGCCGUGAGGCAGUUCAGUGGGUUCGCAAAAACUGAUGAUAUCGGGCAAGAAGCCGCCGCUUUGUACGCUAGCCUUGUGGGGACCACUUGGCUCGAAAAAAUCAACAAUAAUGCCACCUCAGAGUACAUUGUCGCGCAGUAUAAUUCCCCGUUCGAGUUCAAAAACAGAGUCAACGAGAUUUGGUUUACUUUCGAUUUGGACAACGAGAGCAUUGUGGUUUGAAGAAGUUUUUCUGAUCUUGCAGCUCCUUGUAAUAACACCAACCCUAAAUCUACAUUGUAACAUAUCAAUUUGAUGGGUUCUUGUGCGUGCACUCAAUCUAUUGCACUUUUUGUUGAAUCCAUGCCAAGAAAAUCCCAGGUCCACAAAAAUAUAAUUCCAGACAUUUCAAAUUGGACUUGGAUCCGUGGGCCGACCCAUCUCACCCUAACUAAAAGAUGGGCCGAGCUGAAAUUUCGAAAGCCCACUAAAUAACGAGCUAGUCUAUACACGGGCUGCGGGCUUCACGGGUUGGCCAUGGGCCUUAAUAAAUAAAUCACAUUGUAAAUAUAUACAUAUCUAUCUCUAUAUAUAUAACAAGAAUUAUCAUUUACCAAAAAUAG